GAGUCUUUAAGGCAACAGAAGCUGGAGAGGGAAGAGGAUGCUAGAAAAAUAGCGGAGAGAAUCGAAGAUGAACGCAGGCUACGUAGAGCUGAAAAAUACAACCGACAUCUGCAACAAAUCCGUGUGGAAAUUUUGUUGCCAAUUGUUGACUUUGCAACCAAAAUCGCCGAAUACCGUGAGAUGACUGGAAGAUUAAUUCCCCUUUCUCUGUUUCGACAAUGGCGAUUACUUCUGCUCAGCGGAAAGCCUCUAUUCCCUGAAUCACACACUGCUGAUCAGGAAAUUGAUACAGCUAGCGACACGGUGGCCCUGAGGAUGAACUCGACUGAAAUCGCGGAGGAUCGAGAAGCACUCCUCGAUGAGCAGGAUCUUCAAGAUUAUAUAUGGACUAUCGGUCCUUCGUCAUUUGAGACCGAUGCAUUUACUGCGGUGUCGCGUUAUCAGGUCCCUCUCUGA